GCUUACAUUUGAUGUUUGCCGAUUUUCCGGGGGGUGCUUUGUACCCUGACGGGGAAAUUCAGCCAAGUUUUCAUACAGUCAAACAUGGUGGCUUGAUACAGACAUGAAGUACUCUAAGAAUUCCAUAAGAUCACCAUCAUCGCCAUCAUGUCCUAUCAUCUCGGGGUCUUGGUCAGAACGCAAUCAAUCUUACUGGAAUAGCACGGAGGACUGUCAAAAACCGCCGACGAAACUCAAUAUUGAGGGCCAGAUUGCGACUCUCGUCCUUGAGUGCACGGCCUGUAAAGAUUUCAGAAGACAACACUCGACAAUACCGCACAAACGACACGGCAUCAUCUCGACAUCAGCAGACGAGGCCUUCAGUAAAGAGUCUUUGUACUCCUACAGCAAUGUUGGGCUUCAACUGGUCCUCUCAGAAGGGUGCAACCUCGAAGGUUGAUGCCCGAUAUGACUUCAAUUCAGAACUACCUACCCCGGACAUCUUGGCUCCCCGUGGCGCAGUACCAACGAUCGCGAACCAAGAACCGGGUCCCUGGAUCCCGAGCACUCAAGACGGAAGCACCCAUGCAAGCAGUCAAGCGAACGAGGAAAAGACCGUCGCCAACCUCGACCAUGGCUGGAGACCCUGGCUCGUCGUGAUCGGGUGUUUUUGCCUGAUUGUUCCCUCCUACGGGCUACUCAGCAGCAUCGGGCUCUUUCAGACCGAAUGGGAGCAACAUCAGCUUCGCGAAUACUCAAAGAGCGACAUUUCAUGGAUCAUCUCUGUCUUUGGUUUUCUCGACUGCUUCUUUGCCGCACCAUGCGGGAUCCUCUUCGAUCGCUUUGGGCCGCGUUCACUCUUACUGGUAGGCAGUACGAUCUACGUUGCUUCCUUCGUUGGCUUGGCUUUCUCAACCACUUAUGGUCAGUUCAUGGCCUGCUUUGUAGUGGCGGGCAUAUCAUGCGCUGCCCCCACGACGGUAGGGUUCACUGUGGUCAGCCAGUGGUUCAAGAUACGAGAAGGUCUUGCCACAGGGUGUGUCACAGUUGGCUCUGCGGUUGGAGGAAUCUUUUUCUCCCUUGUUCUCCAAGAGCUCUUCAAUAGAUAUGAGUGGAGGACGGGCGUUCUCAUUCUUGCCGGCAUCAUAAUGGCCUUCAUGACCAUUGGGAAUUUUCUUGUUGAGCGGAACGAGUCACAGCCAACAGGCGCAGAGACUGAAGACAGUUGGGACUUUACGGCGAUCAGGGAUAUGAUUAUAUCCCCGAAAUUCUGGCUAGUUAGCUUCAGCAUCUUUGCAUAUGAAAUGGUUUUGUUCAGCCAGUGGGGAUCGAUUCCCUCAUACGCCGUGUCUACUAACUUUGGCGACAAACAGUUCUACCUCAUGACGACUUACAACAUCGGUGCUAUUGUGGGAAGAACGCUACCUUCAUGGCUGUCCGAUCGAAAGCUGGGCCCAGUGAACACUAUCAUAAUCAUGAACGUCUUCACGUUGCUCGUGGUUCUGGUCGUUUGGUUGCCCUUUGGGGCAAUGGCAGUUUCAGCCUUGUUUGUCGUCACUGUGCUGAUGGGAGUUGGCACUGGAAGCUUUGUGCCUCUUGGCGUGCAAUGCGUUAGUGGUCUUUGUACCUCCAGAACAAUCGGCACCUGGCUCGGUUUCGUAUACACCUUUUCCAGCUUUGCAACACUACUGGGAAACCCCGCCACAGAAGCGAUACUCUCGCGACAAGGGCCCAAGGCCCUCAUGGCCUUCCUUGCAGGAACCUUGGUCUUUGGACUUGCCUGCAUGGUUAGCCUGAGAUUCGUAAUGCACGGAGGCAAAUGGAUCUUGGUACGGAAGAUCUGAAAACGGAAAUCUGUAAUAUCUGAGAUGUGAUGUAUCAAAAAGAUCUUUCUUUCCUUCUUUGUGUGUACCUUGCUUGGGAGAGGAGGGAAAACGAAGGAAACAAGAGUUAUCUAGGCGGCCAUUGUGAUUCAGCUUGGCAGGCAGAUUAGAUGCCGUGUAUUAUGUGUAGGUGUACUGCUGACGCCCGCAUGGCCAGGGACCGUUAUUUUGCCCAUAAUUUUGUUCGAGUUUGGUUGAAGGUCACGUUUGUAUAUAGGCUAGAAGUUGUACUAGGGCUGGCUGGACGACGGGGCUUUGAUCUCAAAGAGCUUUCCCGUUUUCGUC